AUGGAAGAGUUUUGUUUGCUGCUGAAUGAUGACGAGAUUGUUGCUGCUGAGAUCCUGGAGUCCAGAAUUGAUCAACCUGAAGUGCACGCUACUCCCAUAGCCAUUCACACUUCACCAGUUGAGCUCGCACAACAAGCUCGAUCGGCAGCUCGAUCGAGUCGACUCUUAGCUCGAUCCGAAAGAGACCUUAGUGAGAUUGGAAUUGAGUUGCCUUCUAUGGAAAGCAUGAGUGAGGCAUUUGAGCAAAUGAAGAUGAUUAAAGAUGUUAUGGCUAACAGUGAUUAG